AGGUUAUUUCGGAUUGCGAAGGACAAGAGGGUCAUCUCUUAUCAACCCAAUUAGGACUAUUUUUUUGUAGUGAAUCAUCAUCGUCUUCACCAUCGUUAUUAUAUAGUUUAUAUUCAUUUGCUUGUCAUUGUUUUGCAGCUUUUUAUAGUCAAUGUUCUGAUUGCCGUUUGAUUUGUAUAUUAAUACAUAUUUUAAUAUUGCGCCUUCAAUUAAUGAAGACAAAGAGAUAUGGUUGAAUUUGUUUAUAAUAUGUUUGGGCUGGUCAUUACCCAAACACUAAAGUUAAUCUUCACCCACCUAGGCUUUGAAUAAUGCAAAGAAAGAAAUGAUUGACUAUGUUAUUAAUUUGGCCUUAAUGUUGGGUUCAUGGAGUCAUAGUAAUCGGCCGGUCAAUGGCCGUUGCAACCCAAAAUGUUGGUUUAGUUGAUCACCGUCUCAGUCUAUGGUUCACUUCCUACAUGGAGAACAUAAAAAUCUUCACCUUCUUCAUCUUAUUCUUGUUCCUCCUCUUCCUUCCUCACACAGCCGUUACCAAAACCACCUGCGGUAGCUCGACAUGCACCGCGGGCGGCCCAUUGGUUAAUUUCCCUUUCCAGCUAAGGAACUACCAAGCCUCAAGUUGUGGGUAUCCAGGGUUUGAUAUCUCAUGUCACAACAACAGUCAAACCAUUCUCACUCUCCCAUCUUUUGGGGACUUCACCGUCGAAAGCAUCGACUACAAUGGCCAAGUCGUAACGAUCAACGAUCCUGAUAAAUGCCUCCCUGCACGGCUCCUCAACCAUGAAACCAGUCUUGUAGAAUAUUCACCCUUUUCAUACUUAAGCUUUGGCGGCCCAAUGAACUACACGUUCCUCAACUGCUCCUCCUCUAAACCAUCCAUCUUGCCUGCACGCAUCAUCUCUUGCCUCAGCACUGCCUACUACAAGGUCAUUGCUUUGCCUACGAGUUGGCUUUUGCCACCGGAUCCGAUAUUAUUGCCUCAUUGCAAUGAAAUUUCGACAACUUUGGUUCCAACUUCAUUAGAGUGGGAGCAUUUUAACGAUGGUCUCGAGUUGACAUGGGAGGUGCCUGAUUGUCGUUCUUGUGAAGUAAGGGGUCAGGCUUGUGGGUUGAAAAAUGGAAAAAGCUUGGAAAUUCGAUGCUUUGGUCCUUCCAAGAUACACACGGUUAGAGCCUCUUCCGGUCCCUCAAGAGCUGUAAAGUACGGCAUAAUGAUGGCCAUCGGAAUUGCUCCGCUAUUGUUCAUCAUUUGGCUUGUACUCUAUAUGUGCGGCAGAAUGAUGAUCGAAGUUAAUGGUCAAAACCACCGGCAUAUCACAGAAUUAUCCAUCGUAACCAAUCAGCAACUUCCCACAAUCGUAACUGGCCUUGAUGCUCCCACCAUCGAAUCAUAUCCCACGACUCUGCUAGGUGAGAGUUGGGAACUGCCCAAGCCUAAUGACAACACUUGCCCAAUAUGUUUGUCUGAGUACCAAUCCAAGGAAACACUGCGGACAAUACCAGAAUGCAACCAUUAUUUCCAUGCUAAUUGUGUAGACAAGUGGCUUCGAUUGAAUGCAACAUGCCCGCUUUGUCGAAAUCCACAGGAUAGACAUAACAAUAUAAGUCAUUUAGUGAUUGAGAUUUGA